CUGGGAUAAGUGAGAGAGGGGAGGCUGCCUGGAUGAUCUCAUCCCUCCAGCAGCUGCAUAGCGCAGCGAGGCGAACCAGUAACUUUGUAUCAAACUUCCAAGUUGCCUUUCACAGGGGAAGAAAGACACCGGAGCUAAUUUCCCCGGUUCGGAGCCGAAAGCGAGUGCGUUUUCCCGCCGUUUACGCCGCAGCGAAGGUGAGCAGGAGCGGUGCGCAGUUUGUGUCUCGGACCUUGUUAACGUGGUGAAACAAAAAGAGGAAAAAAAAAAAAAAAAAAAAAAAACCCGCUCCGUAUUGUGUGACAUCCAGAAAGCUUGAGGCGGACAGGAGGAGGAAAGGGAUGUGUAAGAAAAAUGCAGCAGUGUGGACGUAGUUGGGGAAAGUAAUAUGCUGGCUUGAGAGCUGAAGAGGUGGGGUUUCCAUCGUUUGUUUGUUUUUUGUUUUUUUUGCCGCCGCACUUGUUGAUCCAGACACUCAACCCGCUCAUGAAGUCAGGGAGCCUUGUCCCAGAGGCAGCCCAAUGUCGACUUGCUAAGUGCCUUUAGCUUUGGCACUGGUGUCAUGACCAGCCUGAAGCACCCACCCAUGGAACGAACUGUCGGGGGUUCUGUCCCAGCCACGGAUGAGUUUUACACCCGCCACCUCCGUAUGGUGAACGGAGGGGCAGACAACGUCCACGCCACUGUGACCACGGGAGUACCUAAAAUGGGCGUACGGGCUCGGGUGGCUGACUGGCCCCCAAGGAAAGACCUCGCAGGGGCUCUGUGGCACUCGACCACAGAGGCAGAGAACUCUGGUGUGCCCUCUGUUGGAAAGAGUCACAUCAAGUUGGGCGCUAUUAUGACCCCUCAGGACUCGACAAUGCUGCGUAACAUCCACAAUACAUUAAAGAAUCGCACCCAGGCCCAGACUAACCAUUACAGCCCUGACACGAGGUACCUGGCCCAUGGAGACUACAGAAGAGGCCCCGCGUAUAAAAACCCAAGGCAGAGACGCAUCCAUCAGCGCAGCAACAGUGACAUGACUAUCGGUGAGAUGGAUGGCAGUGGGGACAGUGGAGAAGAGUGGGGUCCAUCAUCGGGAGCUAAGUGGUCCCCUCUUCACCGUGAAUAUGGUAGCACCUCCUCAAUAAACCAGCAUGGAGCAAGUGGAGAAAGCUUUUUUGAAAUGCUCAAGGGAUACCAAGGGGACAAAGUGGACCAGCGUAGCGCCGCUCCAGAGAAACUGGAGGACAUGCUGAACGUUGGGUCCAAGCAGGCCAUCGAUGAUCUUCAGGAUGAUGUGGAUAGCCAGCCCCCAAAAGCAAAGGACAGAGAUAAGCCCCCUAAAAGACGCACUAAAUCAGAGACGGGGGGUGAGUCAAUAUUCCGCAAACUUCGGAAUGUGCGCGGUGACAUUGACUCCCCUAAAGGAGGGUCUGACGCCGAGGACAGCCGGAUAGACGACAUCGGCCCCCCUCCUAAACCCUGGUUAUGUCAGAAAGGAUUUUCCCACUAUGAUGUUCAGAGCAUGUUGUUUGACCUCAAUGAAGUUAUUCAGUUGCGGCAGACGGCGAGCAAGAGGAAAAACACAACCACCGGGGCUUCUGCUGCUGCCGUAGCCUCGGCCACCUCCACUCUCUCGUCCACUCACAGCCUCCCUUACAGUUCCCCGAGUGGCAGCCAGGAAGAGCUCAGUUCUAGGGACAGUCCUGGUCUCGAUGCGGGAGACGAGCAGAGUAAUGAAAUGCUGCUGAGUUGCCCUUGCUUCCUCAAUGAGAUCGGUGCUGAUGGCAAUGGCAGGCGCAGAUUGGGAGCAGGUGGGGUGGGCUAUCAGGGGCUAAUAGGCUGUGGAACAAGUAACAGUGGCUCAGGGACCCUGAGUGGGGAAGCAGACUUGUACGAACCGUCUGUGAGCACGCACUACACGAAUGCUGGAAUAGCAGUUCUGGAGGGACCAAAGGAGAGCCCGAGUACGCUCAGUGAAAAGGGAAAACAGUACAUUGUCGAGCAUGUGGACCUCGGGGCCUACUACUAUAGGAAAUUCUUCUACCUUAGGGAGCACUGGAACUACUUCGGGUUGGACGAGACGCUCGGUCCAGUGGCAGUGAGCUUGCGCAGGGAGAAGCUGGACGAGGACAAGGACCAUGGCCAGCAGUACAACUUCAGGAUCAUUUUCAGAACGAGUGAGCUGACAACUCUGCGGGGGUCGGUCCUGGAGGACGCAGUGCCCUCCACCUCUAAGCAUGGCACCACGAGAGGGCUGCCUGUCAAAGAUGUACUGGAGUACCUUCUCCCAGAGCUGGAUCUGUCCUGUCUCAGAUUGGCACUCAACACACCCAAAGUCACCGAGCAGCUGAUGAAACUGGACGAACAAGGGCUGAGUUUUCAGGUAAAGGUGGGGGUGAUGUACUGCCGAGCAGGCCAGAGCACUGAAGAGGAGAUGUACAACAAUGAGAUGGCCGGUCCCGCCCUGGAAGAGUUCCUCCAACUGCUGGGGGAGAAAGUGCGCCUCAAGGGCUUCACCAAGUACCGAGCUCAGCUGGACACCAAAACGGAUUCCACAGGAACUCACUCCCUAUACACGUCGUACAAGGACUAUGAGAUCAUGUUCCAUGUGUCGACUCUGCUGCCUCACACACCCAACAACAAGCAACAGUUGCUGAGGAAACGCCACAUCGGGAACGACAUUGUGACUAUCGUGUUCCAGGAGCCGGGUGCACACCCUUUCACCCCGAAGGCGAUCCGCUCUCACUUUCAACACGUCUUCGUCAUCGUCCGGGUGCACGACCCCUGCUCUGACAACACGUGCUACAGUGUGGCUGUCACCCGUUCCCAGGACGUUCCCGUCUUUGGCCCCCCGAUCCCCAAGGGCGUGACCUUCCCAAAAUCCACCGUCUUCAGGGAUUUCCUGUUGACCAAGCUCAUCAACGCGGAGAACGCCGCGCACAAGUCGGAUAAAUUCGGUGCCAUGGCGACGCGUACGCGGCAGGAGUAUCUGCGGGAUUUGGCCGAGCGUCACGUGACCAGCACGCCGUUGGAGCCCACAGGGAAGUUCCCGUUCAUUUCUCUGGCUCAUAAGCGGCGGGAGAAGACGCGUCCGUACAGUGGGGCGGAGCUCCGGAGUCUGGGGGCGGUGACCUGGCAGGUGCACGCCGAAGACCAGGUGGCCGGCGCCGAGCGCGAGUGCCUGCUGGCCAUCUCCAACGACUUCAUCAUCCUCCUGGACCAGGAGGCCAAAGUGGUCGUGUUUAACUGCGCCACGCGCGACGUGAUCGGCUGGUCGACGGGAAGCCCCGCCUCCUUGAAGAUCUACUACGAGCGCGGCGAGAGCGUGUCCCUGCGCUCCAUCAACAACAACACGGAAGACUUUGGAGAGGUUGUCAAGAGACUGGAGCAGUUGACCAAAGGCACACAGACCACAGAGAUGACCCUGCGGCGUAACGCUCUGGGACAGCUGGGCUUCCAUGUUAAUUUUGAGGGCAUCGUGGCCGAAGUGGAGCCCUACGGUUACGCCUGGCAGGCCGGGCUGAGGCAGGGCAGCCGGCUGGUUGAGAUUUGCAAGGUGGCGGUGGCCUCGCUGUCGCACGAGCAGAUGAUCGACCUGCUCCGGACGUCCGUCACCGUGAAGGUGGUCAUCAUCCCCCCGCACGAGGACUCGACACCACGCCGAGGCUGUUCAGAAAUGUACCACAUGCCACUCGUGGACUACAAGAACCACAAAGAGGGCAUGCCCUACGAGCUAAAGUUCCCCUUCCGCCCCAACAACAACAACAACACAAAGUGGCCUCGCACCUCGUCCAGCCCUCAGACGCGCGCCUCCGGCAUGGCGGGAACGCUGAUCAAGGCCCCGCCCUCGGACCUCAGCGACCGCAACUCUGCCGCCAUUCCGCGAAGUGUGUCCAGCGACGGCCGGCCGCUCAACACCAAAAGAUAUUCCCCAGGGAACGACAACUACGCCCUCGCGUGCUCCAUCGUCAUGGGACGCACGCUGCACAACACCAACGCCCCCGCUAACCUCUCCUACACCGACGCCAUGAGCUCCGCCCACUGGAGGCAGAAGUCGGCCCCUGAUGGGUUUAAUAACAACAACUGUCAGUCCCCCGUGGCGUCUGUGCGACAGGUAUCAGGUGACGGGGUCAACGGGAUCAGAGUGAGCUCCGGCGCUGGUGUCGCAUGGUCCCGAUCAGGGGAGGUCGAGUCAGCCUGCAGACUGGGGGACAAGACCAAUGCAGACACCGUCGUUACUAAAGUGGUGAUUCCUAGACUGCAGCUGGCGGAGCAGAGCAGCCACAUGUCUCCAAACAAAAGCACUAAGGUGGACGCUCCGUAUUCGUCCAGCCAGUCGAGCAGCAACACGCUCUCGAGCAACGCCUCCAGCUCCGCCCACAGCGACGAGAAGUGGUACGAGGUCGGCUCGCGCUCGGCCGCGCGGAGCGACCUGGAGCUGAACGGCUACCUUCAGGGCGCCUCCACCGACAGCGGCAUCGACGCCACGUCCUUCACUGCCACCCAGAGCAGCACGGCGUCCUCCGUCGGCGGCUUCAGGGCCAAAGACAAAAUCCCGUGGCAGGAGGAGGCAGCGGGCGUCCAGAAGGCUGCUGACGGCUCACCUCCAACACCGGACUCCGUCGGUGACGUUGCGACGAAGAGCCCGUCGGCCUUUCCGCCGGGUUCUGAUAGUGGCUCGUACGGCCCGAGCGACGCCACCGCCCACUCCAGCACACUAGGUUCUGGCCGCUCGGGGAGUCCAGGUCAGGGCUGCGGCCCCGUGUCGCCGCAGGACGAGUCGGGUGCGGCGGCGGUGGCGUCGUCUGCGCCCACGUCCCAGUCGCCGGGCGCCAAGAGUUUCUACCCUCGUCAGGGAGCGACCUCGAAGUACCUGAUUGGCUGGAGGAAGCCGGGGGGAACCGUGAACUCUGUGGACUUUGGCAGCACUCGGAAACGGCACCAGAGCGACGGGCUUCUUGGCGGCCAGCCGCAGCUCCGGGCCAAUCUCCGCGGUUCCCAGUCGCCUCAGCGGCACACGGCCAAGUCCAGCCUGGAGGAAGACUUGAAGAAGCUCAUCACACUCGACAGCCCUCCACCUGUUUCCAGCGAUGAGAAGCCACUGUUUCCGGGCCCGCCACCCAGUCGCCGCGCCCUCCAGAGGACGCUGUCAGAUGAGAGUAUUUACAGCGGGCAGAGGGAGCCGCCCUCUGGCGGGCAGCACGACACACCCACCGACCUUCUGUUCAGCUGCUCCACCAUGCCGCGCUCGCCCACCGCUCGCCACCACGGAGCGAGCCGGCGGGCGUCUCACAAGUCCUUGGGAGACCUGUCGACCUCAGAGAGCUCAGAGCUGGAGCAGGAGAGGAGGAGGCAGCAGCUGCAGGAGCCGGCCCUCAUGCCCCUGCCUGACACUGGGGCAGACGGCCCACUGGACUGGGCCCACCUGGUCGAUGCCGCUAAGGCCUUUGAGGAGCAGAGGUUGGUCUUCCUUGCAGCCCAGGAGGAGGAGAGCUCCAUGGCGGAGAGCGCUGCAGCCAGCAGCCCCCAGCAGGCGGAGCCUCAGGCAGCGCCGCCGAGACAACCCUCGCCCGGGGAGACGCCAGCUGCUCUGAUGGGCAAGGUCAGCCAACUGGAGUGCAUGGUGAAGACUCUACAGGAAGACCUGAAAAAGGAGAAGGAGGCCAAGGCGUCGCUGCAGACUCAGAUCCAGGGCCUGCGAGAGGACAACCAGCGUCUCCUGGAGGAGUCGUACAGCGCCUCGGCCAAGCUCAAGAAGUUCACCGAGUGGGUCUUCAACACCAUCGACAUGAACUGACGCACGCGGCUUGCCGACCGCUCCGUUACUGGGAGUCUGACCACUACUCGAGCGAGAUCUGAGAUCUUUGGUUCUCCGGGCAU